AUGUCUCCUUGUGCAAUACCCCGGAGCUCACGUCUUAAGUUCAAUUCAAGCGUGGAGGAGAGUGCGGAUACGGAAGCAAAUAUUGGGGCCAUGGAGCCUAGACCUUUGGCUUCGGCCUUUGAGAGUCCUACCUUUGGGGAAGACAGCUCAUUCCACGUGGAGCAACCAGUCGGUUCUGCGUCGAUAUCGCCAUGCGGUCGAGAUGUUGUACUAGCUUCAAAGGAGGGUCUGCAUAUCAUUGACUUAGAUUCCCCAUAUUCGCCUCCGCGUUAUCUUCCUCAUCAUACACCAUGGGAAGUUGCCGAUGUCCAGUGGUCUCCGUUUGCCGCUCGCGAUUAUUGGAUCGUUAGCACAUCAAACCAGAAGGCACUCGUAUGGAAUCUGGCAAUGCAGAGCUGGGAAAACCCCAUAGAACAUGUCUUGCAUGCUCACACUCGAGCUAUCACCGACAUUAAUUUCUCCGCUCACCACCCUGACACUUUGGCAACAUGUGCUGUCGAUAGUUUCGUUCACUGCUGGGAUCUACGCACUCCAUCGAGACCUGUCAUCUCGUUCUCGGACUGGUUCGCCGGCGCUACGCAAGUCAAAUGGAACCGGCAGGACCCUAAUGUAAUAGCCAGUUCGCAUGAUAGAUUUCUUCGAAUAUGGGACAAGAGGAUGGGUGCCUACCCGAUCAAAUCUAUCGAGGCCCACAACACAAAGAUUUAUGGUGUGGAUUGGAACAGAGUUCGACCAGGUGCGCUGGUGACCUGCUCACUGGAUAAAACAAUUAAAUUCUGGGACUACAUGGUAGAAGGUGAAGCCCCAGAGAAGGUCAUAACAACCCCCUUCCCUGUGUGGCGGGCACGAAAUACACCCUUUGGCUGGGGUGUCUUGGCUAUGCCCCAGAGAGGUAACAGUGAUCUUCACCUCUAUAGCCGCAGAUCAGGUGAAGGGAUCAAUUUGACAGAGAAUCUUCCGUUGGUGCACAGUUUUCCGGGACAUAAAGGUCAAGUAAAGGAAUUCCUUUGGAGAGCACGUGGAGGUGUGGCCGAUGGAAUUGAUCACAGGGAAUUUCAACUCGUGUCAUGGGGCACUGACAGGGAGCUUCGUCUACACAGAGUUGAUCCGGAUAUUCUUCAACGAAUUGGCUACGAAAAAGGGAGGUCAUUUAUCUCAACAUUGAACGUCACUCGGCAGGGAUCAGUCUACAGGAGCUUCCGUGAUAUUGCUAGCCAUGAUGAAUACAGCGAGACCAAUUCUGUUCUGUCACCUACUCCUAAGCACGGUGGUGGCACGGGGCCCAACACGAUCUCUGUUCCUUACGCUCACACGUGGACUCAGGGAGGCAAUGCAGACUCUCGAGUUGGCAUGCAAGGGAGGUCAAACUUCCGAGCUGAUACUAAUCCUAUCUCGUGGAUGCGUGGUGUGAAAAUCUCGGGAUGGGAUAUCGAGACAUUGGGUGACGAGAUAACACACGUGGGAGAGAAAUUCACCAAGGUGGCAUUUGAGUCGGUGGAUGUUCGGCAACGGAAAGCAACGAUAUCCUUACAUGGGCCAUGGGGUGCAGAUGGGGCAUCCCUGUUCCUCAAAGUGGACAUCAAAUUUCCAGUCGACUAUCCCAAAGCUUCAAUGCCCACAUUUAGCGUGCAGAAGACAGCCGCUGUCACUGGCCAGCUUGCCGAUAAAAUUAUUAGCGAACUACGAACAAUCGCGGAGACGUAUCUAUCCCAUAAGAGAGGCUGUCUCGAAGGCGUUGUUCGCUAUCUCUUAGGAGAAAGCAGCUUAGAAGAAAGCAUAGCUUACAUAUUAGGUGAAACGGCCGAAACAGUCAAAUCUCCCAUCAAUGGUGAACUUGGAGGCGAUGAGUCAAGCGACGAAGAUGAAGUGGGAAUGUCCCAGAGUCAAGAAUUGGGCAUGAGUUCUGAGCUCUUACGCCCAGUCAAUGCCAAUGUGAUGGUUCCUGUACCCAAAGCAUGUGGCGCUCUUUGGGCCACCGACGGCCGCUUAGUGUGCUUUUUUCCUCACAAGAAAGACAAAUCAGCAUCCCUGAUAGAGAAUCUAGGACUCAGAGAGAUGACAAGGCUCUCAAGAGCGGAUAAAGUCUUUGAAGGAUUUGGUCGCAUUCAGACAAGCUCUCCCGGCCCGAAAAACAGUGGCACACUUACGAGUACUGACGAUGGCGGCUCGGAAUAUUCUGACGACUCGGACGCUGAGACAUCUAGCUCUUCAGGAUCAUCUGACAUGCUGUCGGGCUUGCAAACACGAUUCCCGACUCCUCCAACAUGGCGCAGCGCGGGCAGUCUGGGAAUCUACCGGCCAAGAUCUACGGAUAACUCACAACGAUCAACCGCGGGAGGAACAACGGCUAAGUCCGAAUCAAUGCAAAAUAUCAUAUCGAUACAUGAUUUCAGUGAUCUGCUACCGGCAAAGCGCGAACUAGCCAGAAGAUACCGAAUCUGUGGUAAGGUCACUGAUGUAUGCGCUCACAAUGCUUCUGCGGCUCUCGAUCUUGGCUAUCACGAAUUGGCGCAAAUCUGGGGGCUGGUCAAGCUAGUCUUGCACAAUCAAAACGACCCACUGUCCUCACCCAUGGCAGGUGGGAUUGAUAGCCCGUCCGAUGUCCGGAGGAGGGAUAGUGCGGUUGACUUGAGCUUUGACGUUAACUCAGAGCAGAGCCGCAAGGUAAUGAACAACAGCGCCACCCAAUGGGGAGAUCAUCCAUUUGGCGGACAGUGGAUGAUUCCUUCUCUUCUCGAUCACUUCGAACGAAUUGGCGAUGUGCAAAUGAUCGCCAUGCUCUCCUGCGUUCUCCAGGAGCCGAACGCUGGAGGACUCUCGAAAGAGGCAACCAAUAUUACUGAGGCAGUCUCGAAACGGACAGAACAGCAAUUAUUUUCAGCGGGCUUUUACCCUCCACAGACGACCACGCAGAACAAGUCGCAGGCUGUAACGCCACUUGCUUCUACACCAAAGGAGGGUCAUCCGACUCCAAUCACCCACAGCUCUGGGCGAUCCUCUUCUGAGAUCUGGCGUGCCGAUGCAACUCCGCCAUAUUCAACAGGCACAACCCCUCCAUUAGCUUCUCGAGGCGGCCCUUUUACCGCAGACAGGAAGACCUUGAGCCAGCAUAUCUCUAUAGCUGCCUCCCCUGAUCAACAAUCGCAGCCACGAAGCGGUUCAGGAUUCGGUUCUGUGCUCGCGUCUUCCUUCUCACGUUCUUUUACCUUUGGGCCUUCAUCUGCCUCACCGCCUACGGUAGCUUUGAAUAAGAAGAAGCAAAGUCCAAAUGGCAGUCUAAAUGCGAACGUUGCAACAGGGGCUUGGGUUGUAAAUGCCUUUGCUGGGAAGCCUAUGACGGCUGUUCCCGGUUAUCUCAAUACAUCAACUGCGCUUACGUCACAAACCCAUUCCGAUUCAGAUAGUGAAAGGCUCGUUCAGCAUCCGAAAGCACCAAAACUCAAGGUUGUGCUAAAGAAUCAAGGUGAUUUUGAUUGGGAAAAAGGUAUUCGCAAAAGUACUCCGAUUCCAACUCUUGAUCCGAACAAGGAAGAAUUAUAUAAAGCCUAUCGCGUUGCAUAUGCACAUUUGCUUUCCAUUUGGGGCCUUCCAGUUCAGCGCAGCGAGGUUCUCAAGAUUGGAAGAAGCGAAAGUCGUUUCAAAGAUGUAGUUUCACGUGCAAGAAGUCACAGUCAGGAAACAUCCUUUUCGCUUCCGAGUCUGAGCCGCAGAGACUCACAGGUGAUAGAUGCUGAUGCGGAUGACCAGGGACUGGGAAUUCAACGGCACUGCUAUAGGUGCGGCCAAGCCUUGCAGACGUCUAUCUUCAUGCCUUCGGUGACCGAGGCCAGUGUGAAGAACCAGUCGAAAGAGGGCUCCUCAGCCAUCGUUUGCCAGAACUGUAAGCCUAAACGACCACUUCCUCUCAAGCUUCCCUGCGUCAUAUGCGGCGAAGUGGUGGAAGGAAUGCUCAUCCCCUGCCUGAAAUGUGGCCACGUGAGCUGCUUCGAGUGCCACCGCGACUGGUUCUCAAUCACUGCAUCAGAAGUACAGGGUGAUCAAGAAGGUGCCAAAUCAGAUACUGCUAAUGGCGAGCAAGAUUUUCAAACUUGUCCCAGCGGUUGCGGUUGCAAUUGCUCAGAGCAUAUACCCUCAGAUAUACCCACGCCACUGCAUCCGUCGACUCCGCCGCUUGACGGUGACAUCUCACCUACCAAUACCCGAAGCAAACGGCCUGACAUACCAGCACGACAUAGCGACCAGGUAUCUAACGUGGGCCAGCACGAAGACGAUCUCCUGGGGCAAUGGCAAGAAUCACCAUUUGCAUCUCUGGCUCGUGGACUUGGGGGAGGCCUCAGCCGGGGUCUUCGCGUGAAAGACGAAAGGCGGAAAUCUCGACCGGCGAGCACUACUUUUAUACCAAAGAAGUCUUCCAUGAACCAGGUUGAGAGUGGAGAUUAG